AUGAAGAACACCGUGGAGGUGUUCGACACAGAAACACAAACUUGGGAUCCUGAUCCCAUUCCUUGCAGCGAGAUCAAUGACUACCGAUUUCUUUACUGCAGAAGCAUAUGGAUUGACAGGAAUUUACAUGUGGCGGCACUUGCUGGAAAGGCCUUGGCUUACAUAUCUAAGGAAGAUAGAUGGGACACAGUUGAACCAUGGAUGGAGAAUCAAAUUUCUCCAUCUUCUUAUUGCAAGAUAGAGAAUGUUGUCUACUCUGCUUCUCAAAGAGAGCUCUUAUGGUAUGACACUGAGGUAAGUAUGUGGAGAGAUUUGAAGGGUUUGGUAGGACUACCUAAGCUCAUUGGUGCUUCUUGUGUUAGAUUGGCUGACUAUGGCGGAAAGCUAGCUCUUUUAUGGGACGAUGAGCUGCCUAAUGAUCCUUUUACCGGCUUUCAGACGCUGAUUUGGUGUUAG